CCGGGUCAGGCUGGCGGCACAGCGGCGGUAGACGCGCGGGUCCGCGCUGAGGGAGCCACCGCCCUCCGGCUGCGCGCUGGCUCUCGGCCCCUCUCUCCCUCCCGCCCGCUGCCGGCCGAAGCCGCGCCCACCGCCCAGAGCCAGAGGGAUGGUGGUAGUCACGGGGCGGGAGCCAGACAGCCGUCGCCAGGACGGUGCCAUGUCUAGCUCCGACGCCGAGGAUGACUUUCUGGAACCAGCCACCCCGACAGCCACGCAGGCGGGGGACGCGCUGCCGCUGCUGCCCCAGCAGUUUCCCGAGGUUGUACCGCUCAACAUCGGAGGUGCUCACUUCACCACCCGCCUGUCCACGCUGCGGCGGUACGAGGACACUAUGCUGGCAGCGAUGUUCAGUGGGCGACAUUACAUCCCCACCGAUGCCGAGGGCCGCUACUUCAUUGACCGGGACGGCACACACUUCGGAGACGUGCUGAACUUCCUGCGCUCGGGGGAUCUGCCGCCCCGGGAGCGGGUACGAGCGGUGCACAAGGAGGCUCAGUACUAUGCUAUUGGGCCCCUGCUGGAGCAGCUGGAGAACAUGCAGCCACUGAAGGGCGAGAAGGUGCGCCAGGCAUUCCUGGGACUCAUGCCCUAUUACAAAGACCACCUGGAGCGGAUUGUAGAGAUCGCGAGGCUGCGUGCAGUCCAGCGGAAGGCCCGCUUUGCCAAGCUCAAGGUCUGCGUUUUCAAAGAAGAGAUGCCCAUCACCCCCUACGAGUGUCCCCUCCUCAACUCCCUGCGCUUUGAACGGAGUGAGAGUGAUGGGCAGCUCUUUGAGCACCACUGUGAGGUGGAUGUGUCUUUUGGGCCCUGGGAAGCCGUGGCGGACGUUUAUGACCUGUUGCACUGCCUGGUCACGGACCUCUCAGCCCAGGGCCUCACUGUGGACCACCAGUGCAUCGGGGUGUGUGACAAGCACCUCGUCAACCACUACUACUGCAAGCGCCCUAUCUAUGAGUUCAAGAUCACAUGGUGGUGAGUAGCCCUCUUGGCAGAGUGUCCUGACAGGGAAGGUGUCCUGCUUCCGUGCAGCUCUGGGAUGAGAUCCCCGAAGGGGCUUCGAGUCUUGAGGCGCAGCUCUGAGGGGACAGAGGUGCAGCUCCGUUCUCCCUGGCUGGACCUUAGAGUCAGUCUCUGGGCUGGUGGCCUUCAGGGACUCAGUCUGCUCUCACCUGGCCUCUCCUCAAGGUAUGGUAGUCCUCGAUUAAGGCUAUCAAGAUCUAGUAAGAGUGUCACCAGAAGUCCAGAGAAGUUCUGUCACCUUCUGGACCUCAAAGGAGAGAUCUGCACACAUAGAAGCAUGUUAGUGAGGUAGCACGGCCCCUGUCCCUGCCCCCUCAUGGCAUCCACCUGUGCUCAGCGAGUCAGAGUGGACAUGGCCACAGUGGAGGAUGAGCCUGAGUAGCCACCCUGCAGCCCCCAACUGAAGAAAGGUGGGUUCUGUUCCUGGGCAUCCCUCAUCCCCGGAAAACAGUGCCCGACCUUGUCUUCUACAGAAGAAGUCCUCCCACGCCUUUUAGAACUCUGACCGUAGUUGCCGAAGCCGUGUACCAGGUUGGCCUUAGAAAACCACAGUGCUUAUGGCCCUGCCCUGGGGCUUCGGGCAGGGUCAGCUCUCACGGGCUGAGAAGGCAGAGGUUCCUUCCAGAGAUUCCCCAGUUCCAGCAGGCACAACGCCACGGCCCUCUGUUACUCUGAAGUCACGUCAUUGUUAGAGGCUCAGAACUCCUUGUCGGCUGCCAUGUCGCAUGAUGGGAUCCAAUGUCGGGUGAAUCUUUCAGAGGGACUCUCUUCUUCGCAUUCUGUCAUUCUGUCCUGCCAGUGUCCUGUUUCUGUCCUGAGGAAGUAAAGGAAGAGCCAGGAGACAGCAGUGAGCCUCCGUUGCGUUUUACCUCCCGCAUUUCAGAAACACACCCAGAACCAUCUCUCCCACUGCAUUUCCUUCUUGCUCUACUGCAGCCUGGACUGCUGGUCAGGGUGUGGACAAACUGCCCCGCAUCCCGGUCAGAACGUAACUUUUCCACACCACACCACACCACACCACACCGAGAGGUGGCUCUGUUACUGUGGGCACACGGACUGUCGCUGGGUGGUUCUAAAGGGCGCAUUUGGAUCUGUAGGGACUUGGAGAGCCAGGUGCAGUGGCACAGCCAGUUCUCCCAGCCAAGGGAAGCCGACUCGGGGGACCACGUGAGCUGCAAGUUCAAGGCCAAUUCUGGCAACAUGGGGAGAGUGACAACAGCGUCCCUGACUUCAGUGUGACAGAGCAGGUAGGUGGGGCCAGGGGAGCUGAGCAAGGUGCAUCCUCCGGUGGGAGAAAGGCCAGCACCCUGGGACCACUCCACCUUGGGGCUGGAGGGCAGCGGGCUCCCGGCCCCUAUGGAGUUUGGUCCGUUCCCCUGUGCUGGAACAGAGGUGGGGACUGAGGUCCAAGAGAAAAGGCCAUUGUCUGCCUCCUAUCUGUGUGCCCUCCCUGUUCUCCGUGUUCCUGCUCGGCACUGUUUUCAGUGGCAGGACUCUCGCUCUGGGUUUCCCUCUUCUGUGUUUAAUUGUGCCGCAUUCCUCCUUUGCUCUUCGUAUCCUAACAUUUGCGUGUGUUAGAGCUGAUCAUGUACUGGAUCCUCUUGUCAAAAGUGUGUGUUUUUAUAGAGAACACCCCUCCUUUUUAACCUAUGCUUCCUCUACUUUUCUGUGGCAACAAGAACUUUCCUUUAUAUUGAAAAAUAUAUUUAUUACAAGCCUUUCAUUGACUAGUGUGACACAAAUACGAAGUAACACAUGCUGUUCUAGGGAUUUGUCACCCCUCCCCAUUUACUCUCUAACCCCCUCUCCCCUCCUCAAGCCCUUCCUGCAUAGAGUAACACAAUUCAGUGGCCUUCUGAAUUGUGUUAUGAAAAGCCUGCAGGCUGAAAUGUGCUGUUGGAUGAGGUAGUUUGUGAUGGCUUCCAAAUAAAUUGGUCAUCUUUUUGGGA